AUGAGUGGCAUACGUCGAAACUGGAGUCCAGGCUCCGCCAGCGAAAGCGUCUGGGCGCAGGCCGUGCACGCAGUCGUUGAGCGCCGCCUCUCACUGCGUCAGGCGUCGCAGACGUAUGGGCUGCAGCAAGUCGCGCUGCACCGACUGGUGCCUACCAGCAGUAACAACGAUCGCUAUGUAUUCCCGCGCUUGAAUUCGCUGGCUCUUGGCCAACGCAGUCCCAACGGCGCGCCGCUACCGCGCGUAGCGCCCAUGACUGCGGUAAUGAGUCCUCCUGCGCCGGUGUGUGAUCUCACGCCCGAGCUGAACGACGAGAUCGUUUCCAUGCUAAGAGAACAAUUUAUGCAGCAACAGUAUGAAGAGUACGAGACCAGGGACGGACGAAUCCAUCGACUCGAGGGCUACGCGGACGCUGACAUCGCCGAGGUGGCGCGCACGAUCGUUGGCCUGUAUGGACGCCGCGCACUGCCCACCUUCUUCCCGUCCGCUGGCUGGCUCACCUUGUUUAAGCGCGAGAACGAAUUUGUGGAUGUGGACGGCAUGAUCCGCGACAGCAGAACACGAACCAGCAGCCUCAAGGGCCCUUUAUCGUCGCAGCAGUUGCAACAGGAGUGCUACAGCCGAGGCUGCGAGCUCGAGCAGCAGCCGUACGGACUUGAGCGCCGCGAAGACCAGCUAUGCUGGGCCCAGAACCGCAACUAUCGUCAGCCGGCAGCGCCGCCUCCGUCACAGCUGAGUCCUGUUCUUCGCAACUCAUACGUCUGGAAGGAUACUGAUGGGAUCGAUGGAGCUGGCAGUCCGAUGCGUCAGCAGCGCCUCCGCUUCGACAAGCCACCGCGUCAAUCAAGAGAAGACUACAACUACCGUCGAAGCUUAAGCGCCGGGAGCAGCACUGGUCGUCUCUCUGUCCACUCCGACAGCAACUCAAGUGAUCGCAACUACCGACAGAGCAACUUGGUGCCAGCCAAGGUGUGGGAGGCAGCAAUGGAAGAUGUAGCCAUCCACGGCAUGAGUCUGCGCAACGCCGCCAAAGCUCACGGCGUGCACUUCGCAGCUCUUCACCGUCGUCUGAAGAAGCGCCAACAACACAAAGUGAAUUCUCCCUGUGACCCCAACUACAUCCCGUUCGAGGAUGAGGCUGGCGUUGUCCGUGUGAUUCACUCGCGUGCUGAUAUGGGUGUCUUACUGACGUUCACAGAGCUGGUUGAUCUGCUUAAGCGCACGGCACUCAAGCACCGUUCAGAGCUACCGGAGGAGGUGGCGACAGCACUCGUGCGCAGGUUCCAGUCUCGCGUCGAACAAUCCAUUCGCCACCUCAUUAUUGACUGGCCGGCUCUGCCGAACAACGUGCUGUACCGCCUGCGUGACACCAGACGUGAAAGCGGUAUGGGCAGUAUGGAUGCCGGAAGGGCAGCUCCUAAUGCUAUCAAGAACAGCGUGCCUUCGAUCAUUAGUGGAAGCAGUGGUGAUAAUGGCUCGGACUCCUCGUUCGGGUCGUCUUCGUCGCUGUCUCCCCACCUGCAAGCAAAUGCAUCCUUUCCGAUGAUGCUCAAACCUCCAAGUGACUCUACACCAUCGUUAACCACCGAAACCAGCAGCUCCAGCAGUGGCAGUAACACUACCAGCAACGACAGCGGCGGAGACACGUCUUCGGCGACGGUGUCACCCGACGAAAACGACCCAAUGAGCCAACCCUGCAUGAUUCUUCGCCUGUGA